AGCGGGAGGCUGCUGGGGCGGGCCGGCUGGAGGGCCCUUUCCGGCCGGUCCCCAUGGAGGCGCUGGGGAAGCUGAAGCAGUUCGAUGCCUACCCCAAGACUCUGGAGGACUUCCGGGUCAAGACCUGUGGGGGCGCCACGGUGACCAUUGUCAGUGGCCUUCUCAUGCUGCUGCUGUUCCUGUCCGAGCUGCAGUAUUACCUCACCACUGAGGUGCAUCCUGAACUCUACGUGGACAAGUCACGGGGAGAUAAACUGAAGAUCAACAUUGAUAUACUUUUCCCGCACAUGCCUUGUGCCUAUCUGAGCAUCGACGCCAUGGACGUGGCUGGAGAGCAGCAGCUGGAUGUGGAGCACAACCUCUUCAAGCAGCGACUGGACAAAGACGGCAGCCCCGUGAGCUCAGAGGCCGAGAGGCAUGAGCUCGGGAAAAUCGAGGUGACGGUGUUUGACCCUGCCUCCCUGGAUCCUGAUCGCUGUGAGAGCUGCUAUGGUGCUGAGUCAGAAGACAUCAAAUGCUGUAACUCCUGUGAAGAUGUGCGGGAGGCAUAUCGCCGCCGAGGCUGGGCCUUCAAGAACCCAGACACUAUUGAGCAGUGCCGUCGAGAGGGCUUCAGCCAGAAGAUGCAGGAGCAGAAGAAUGAGGGCUGCCAGGUGUACGGUUUCUUGGAAGUCAACAAGGUGGCUGGAAACUUCCACUUUGCUCCUGGGAAGAGCUUCCAGCAGUCCCAUGUACACGUCCAUGACUUGCAGAGCUUCGGCCUUGACAACAUCAAUAUGACCCACUACAUCCAGCACCUGUCAUUCGGGGAGGACUACCCAGGCAUUGUGAACCCCCUGGACAGCACCAACGUCACUGCACCCCAAGCCUCCAUGAUGUUCCAGUACUUCGUGAAGGUAGUCCCCACAGUGUACAUGAAGGUGGACGGGGAGGUGCUGAGGACAAAUCAGUUCUCUGUGACCAGACAUGAGAAGGUUGCCAAUGGGCUGUUGGGUGACCAGGGGCUUCCCGGAGUCUUCGUGCUGUACGAGCUCUCGCCCAUGAUGGUGAAGCUGACAGAGAAGCGCAGGUCCUUCACCCACUUCCUGACUGGCGUGUGUGCCAUCAUUGGGGGCAUGUUCACUGUGGCUGGACUCAUCGAUUCGCUCAUCUACCAUUCAGCACGAGCCAUCCAGAAGAAAAUUGAUCUAGGGAAGACAACGUAGUUACCUUCCUCUCCUCGCUUGCUCCCUUUCUCCUGUUGCUCUUGGGCCUGGUUAUAUCCCCCCAGCCUCCUCCACCCCCACACCCCCACCUCCUCAGAGAGUCCACCAGCCCCAAGUUGAUAAAUCUAUUGAUUGUGAUAGGA